AUGUCGAGAGUGAUAUUUAGGUGUAAAGCUUCAAUACAAGACAGGCACGUUGCUAAUGUUUCGGACUCCACUUAUGAGGAAGCCGCCGCCAACGCCAACCUCCCCGGGCCGGGCUCUAGCCUCGCCUCGCUGGUCGCCUCGCUCGCGGCCAAGGACCUGUCAGCGCGCGACAUGACGGAGCUGUCGGGCGCGCACACGGUGGGGCGCGCGCUGGUCACGUUCCGGGGACGCGUCAACGGCAGGGACGCCGACGUGAACGCCACCUUCGCCGCGCAGCUGAGGCAGGCGUGCCCCGGGGGGUCCGGCGCGGACGGCAGCCUGGCGCCGCUGGACGCGGAGACCCCCGACACGUUCGACAACGGCUACUUCCGGGCUCUGGCGCUGCGGCGCGGGCUGCUGCAUUCGGACCAGGAGCUGUUCAACGGCGGGUCGAAGGACGCGCUGGUGGGCAAGUACGCCGGAAACGGCGCCGCGUUCGGGAGCGACUUCGCCAAGGCGAUGGUGAGGAUGGGAAGCCUCGCGCCGGCGGCCGGGACGCCGCUGGAGGUCAGGCUCAACUGCUGGAGGCCCAACUAG